AUCGUUUCUCGAUACAUGAUUGCUUCAGUCCGCGCCGAAUGGGGAAGAGAGUCAAUUAGCCUAAAACGCCCAGUGCGUCGGUCUGCCUCCCACGGCGUGAUGGUUUCCAGAUGGUAUAAAACCUGGCGAUGGCCUCCGUGUUGGAGUUGAGUUUGUUUCGGUUCGUCAAUCGCAGGUCGUGAAUACCAGUCCGCUCUUUUGUUCUUUUCUCUCUUUUUCUUCCAACAAUCGCAACCGAUACCACUAUCGAAAUCGCAUCGCAAUGGUCCUCAUCAAGUCCCUCGCCAGCACCGCGCUGUUCGCGUCCGCCGCGUACUCGCGCGCCAUCUGUCGCCAGACGUCGACUCUGAACAGCCUCUUCGUCGCUGCUGGCAAGACCUACUUCGGUACAGCCACCGACCAGGCUCUUCUGCAGAAUACCCAGAAUGAGGCGAUCGUCCGGGCGCAGUUUGGCACGCUGACUCCAGAGAAUAGCAUGAAGUGGGACGCGAUUGAGCCCUCUCAGGGAAGUUUCAACUUUGACCAGCCGGAUUUCUUGGUCGACUAUGCCGAGACAAAUGGCAAGCUUGUUCGUGGCCACACGCUGGUCUGGCACUCGCAGCUCCCAUCCUGGGUCUCGGCCAUCAGCGACGCCGCAACCCUCGAGGAGGUCAUCGUGAACCACAUCAACGAAGUCGUGGGCCACUACAAGGGCAAGAUCUUCCACUGGGACGUCGUCAACGAAAUCUUCAACGAAGACGGCAGCUUCCGCGACAGCGUCUUCUACAACGUUCUCGGCGAGGACUUUGUCCGCAUUGCAUUCGAGGCCGCUCGCGCCGCGGACCCCGAUGCCAAGCUGUACAUCAACGAUUACAACCUGGACUCUGCGAGCUACGCCAAGACGCAGGCGAUGGUCAGCCAUGUUUCGCAGUGGUUGGCUGCCGGGGUGCCGAUUGAUGGAAUUGGCUCCCAAGCUCACUACAGCGAGAGCCACUGGUCCAGCACCGAAGCCGCCGCUGCCCUCAAUGCUCUUGCCGAUUCCGGCGUGUCUGAGGUCGCCAUCACUGAGCUCGAUAUCGCUGGGGCUGCGUCGGCCGACUACCUGAACCUGCUCAACGCAUGCCUGGACCAGCCCAAGUGUGUCGGCAUCACCGUCUGGGGUGUCUCGGACAAGGACUCGUGGCGCUCCCAGCUCACUCCCUUGCUCUACGACAGCAGCUACCAGCCCAAGGAAGCCUACAACGCCAUCAUCAGCGCCUUGUCGUCGUAA